AUGGUCGGAGUCAAGCGUCCGGCAGCCGAGCUCAUCGCCGAACACCCACCAGCAACAGCCAACCCCCAUGGACUCGACCGGCGGACGAAGGCGAUCCGGAGCUGCAGCAGCUGGAACAGCGCCCUCCUCCACGGCAGACGCACCAGGGGCCCGCAGUGGGACUACGCAACAGCCUCCUACCACGUCUCCCAGCGAUCAGCCGAGUACUACAGGGGGGUCACCCCCAUCCACCCCAUCCUACAUACACCCGCCAGCCUGAGCACCAGCCCAACAGCCAGCUCCCAGCUCCCUUCCCGCCCACUCAUCCAGCCCCCCGACCGACACCACCACCAGCACCACCACCAUCUGCAUCCCCAGGACGGCGACCAGCCCGCCAGUCGGCCGACCAGACUCCCCUCCCAAGGCGCCCGUCCGACCAACCCCGCCUAUCCCCCAGUCCACCAUCCUGCCCACCUCCAGCACCCACACGGCGAGAUCAAGCCGGCCAUCUUCCCCCCUCCCCCCAACCUCACACACUUCCAGCACCCCGCCGGCAUCUCGCCGCCCAGCGCGCCCCACCCGAUCCCACGCCACAUGUCCACCACGCCCUCCUCCCAAGCACCCGAGCGCAAGGGCGAGCACCAUCCUGGAGCCUACCAGCAGCAGCCCCACUCCGCCUUCUCGCCCGCGCCCUACCACCCCUCCGUGCCGGGCGGAUACGAGAAGCCGGCCGGCGAGCGCGCCGGCAGUCCGGGCCAGCCCCCCCCCGGCCCGUCCCCUGCCCCGCAUCACCAGCACCAUGCAGGGGGCGAGGGGGCUGGUGGGGCCAGCCGCAAGCUCUAUCCCUCUUCCCAUCCCUUCAGCCAGCAACGCCCGUCCACCCCCGCAUCCGCACCCCCACCGGGUGGCGGCGGCGGCGGCGGCAGUGCCGGCAAUCUCUUCCAGCCGCCGCCGCCGCCGCCGGUCCCGAUCGGCGGAUAUGCCCCGCUCGCCGCCCAGGCCCGCACCCAUCCGGCCUACCUCGCCUCUCUCCCCAUGGGCUCCCCGCCGGCUGGGCCGGACCAGUUCGGCCCGGCCCAGCCGUUCGCUCUCGGGCGCGGGAUCCAGCCCAGCCAGUUCUACCCCUCCUCCUCCUAA